UGUGAUACAGUGAUUACGGUGAACGAGAGAAACGAUGAUGAAAAUGUCAACAGAUCGUAUGAGGGUUGUAUUCCUUCCUCCUACAAUCUUCUAACCCAACGUCAAGAAAGGCUCUCAUAUUGGGUCACCAAGAUCCUCAAUUGGGUACGUGGAUUUCCCUACAGAAAUAAAAUGGGAGGCGAAAGUGAGCAAGAGGAAGAUGAUCUUACAUUUGCACCUUUGUUGAAACGUGCAAGGCGUGUUAGAGAGACGCUGAUGCAGAGUUACAGUGAACAAGAAGUUCAAACAUUUAAUAAAUUGAGGGGUUUUGGGACAGGAAUCCAGAAGCUUCCACAAGAAUGGAAAUGCUACAUAAACUACCACAAAUUUGCCAGGAAUGUUGUAGCCAAAAAAACCAAGCAUGCAAGCCUACACCCUUCAGCAUGGCGAGUAGAAUUUGUGGCUUGGACCUUUGUCUGUUCGCAAUGGAAACACGAAGUGAAUUGUCUCAUUCAGGAUUGGUACUCCUUCACCGAUGUGAUAGAUAAAAAUGGAAAAACGAAACUAGAACCUUCCCUCAAGGAAAUUGUUGCAAAUUAUAUAAAACAAAGAUGGCGACCAGAGCAAAGUGAUUCCAUCAAGGAGAAGGAGAGGAAGGAACAAGAGCGAUGGAUUAAAUUGUACACUGCCUUGCAGAAUGUCCAAGACGUAUCAAUGGAGGGUAUUCAAUGUUUUCAAGAGCUUAGAUUCCACUGUGCCGCUAGGUAUCUUACCCUCCCUCUUGAAUACUGUAAAUCUCCGGAGUUUAACAGGAGUCGUGCCCUCGCUCCAAUGUUUUCUCAAUUGGGUGUAUUAGAUUAG